AUGAGCGCCCCACAUCUCCAUCGGUGGGGACCUGUGCGCUCGCUCCUCGUCCUCUCACCACUGCUGAUCGUCGCACCCUGGUUCGCCAUACAACGCCAUUACGCUCUCCCAGAGCCCGUGACACAGCUCGUCGACCCCGUUUCUCACCUCCCGCAGCUCUCCGAGGCGCAGAUCUUAUCCCACAUCCGUCAUCUCUCUGAAGACAUUGGCUUCCGCACCGUCGGCACAAAAGAGCACGCGCUCGCAGACCAAUGGCUCACCGACCAGGCGCACGCGAUCAAGCGCGAGUGCGAGGAGGUGGUGAACCGAGCGCGCGAGCAGCCGGGCGCACCAGCACGCCGUUUGGAAUGCGAAGUGUGGAGGCAGCAGGGAAGCGGGAGCCAUCGCUUCGACAUGAUGGGCAAGCGCCUCUACAAGACCUACGUCAACCUCACCAACAUCAUCGUGCGCAUCUCGAACGGCACCCCCGAGGGCAAAGCACAUGCCGUCCUCGUCAACGCCCACCUCGACAGCACCCUCCCCAGUCCCGGCGCCGCGGACGACGCACUCUCCGUCGGCGUCAUGCUCGACUGCAUGCGUGUCCUCACGCAUACGCCCGACUGGGAGCCGCAGCACGCGAUCAUAUUCUUGUUCAAUAACGCGGAGGAGUCGCUGCAGGACGCCUCGCAUCUCUUCUCUACGCAGCAUCCCAUCGCGUCUACCGUCCGGGCGUUCAUCAACCUCGAAGCGGCCGGGACCGUCGGCCCCGAGCUGCUCUUCCAGGCCACCUCGGAACAGAUGAUCCAGGCGUAUUCCAAAGCCCCGAGACCGUUUGGCACGGUCGUCGCUAACGAGGUGUUUAGCUCUGGUGUGAUUAUGUCCGACACUGAUUUCAGACAGUUCGAGCUCUACCUGAACGUCACCGGUCUCGAUAUGGCAGUCGUAGGGAACAGCUACAUGUACCACACGCGUAAAGAUACCGUAGAGCACCUACAACCUGGCGUAGCCCAGCACAUGGCCGACAACGUCCUCGCUAUUCUAGAAUACCUCUCUUCCGCAGACUCGCCGCUCCCGUCUCUCGACGCCGGCUACACCCGCCCCUCCACCGUCUUCUUCUCGCACCUGGGCUUCUUCUUCAUGUACUCGUACACGACCGCGCGCGCGCUCUACGCCCUCCUCUUCGUCUCCGCCUACCAAUUCGUCAUGGUUACGUACCGCAACCCCGCGCUCGGCUCCGGGCGCAAGGAGCUCGUCGACUCGGUGCGCCAGAACGCGCGCGGCAUCGGCGCGUGGGCCCUCGCGAUCGGCGGCGCGCUGGUCGGCGCGAACGCGCUCGCGCUCGUCAUGGAGCGCGCGCUCGGGCGCGGGAUGAGCUGGUACGCCGUCGAGCUGUCCGCGCUCGCGCUGUACGGGCCCGCGGCGCUCGCCGGCGCGCUCGCGACGCAGCUCAUCGCGGCGCCACGCCUGCACGAGCGCACGAUGCUGACCGCGCUGCUCGUGCUCCAGUCGCUGCUCGCGUUCGCGAUCCAGCUGGUCGGGAUCGGCUCCGCGGUCAUGUUCGCGCUUUCCGCGCUCCCGCUCCUCGGCGCGCUGCUCCUGGACGCCGCGUUCAGGCGCAGCACGGGGCCCGUGUCGCUGUGGACGUACGCGCUGGGCCAGACGAUGCCGCUCCUGACGGGCACGCAGCUCAUCUGCACGGUGCUCGACGUGUUCGUUCCCCUAGCAGGCAGGACAGGGCGCGAGGCGCCCGCGGAACAUAUCAUCGCGUCGCUCGUCGCCAUCACGGGCGCGUACACGCUGCCGCUUGCGCUCCCGUUUGCGCAUCGGUACGGCCCCCGUGCGCUGCGCCGCGCGGUGCUCGCGCUCGUCGGUCUAAGCGCGGCCACGGCGGCGGUGUUUGCGAUGCGCGAGCCGUUCGACGCGCUGCACCAGCGGCGGCUGUUCGUGCUCAGCCUGGAGAACGUGACGACGCAGGAGCGCGUCCUCCACGUCGGCGCUGCGGACGGCGCGCCGGGAUUCGAGGCGCUCGUGCGGGACAUCGCGGAGGAGUUCGGUGCGCCGGGGGCGGUGGCGGUGCAAGAAGAGAUGCACGACUGGAACGGGGACUGGGACGUCCUGUAUCCGUUCUCGGCGUUCAUGUCGCCAUACAAGGUGGCGCUGCCUGCGGAGCCGGGGUACGUGUCGCCGUUUGCUGAGGGCGGGCGGGAGGCGUUCUCGGUCGCGGCUGUGAACGAUCGGAUAGACGAGGCGGCGGGGACGCGGAGCCUCACGCUCAAGAUCGACCACCCAGGCUUGAUCUGGACGGUGGUGGCGUUCGAUGCGCACGUGCUGCGGUGGACGCUUGACGACGCGCCGCCGGACGAGCGCGCGCGGCACCACAUCAAGGAGGCGUCGUUCUACGGCGUAGACACGUGGGCCGUCGACCUCGUCGUGCGGAUCCCGCCGGGCGAAGGCGACGCGCGCGCGCGCGCUGCGCUGCGGGUGAACUUUGUGGGCGUGCAGGAGCGGACGAUGUGGCCCGGGAAGCGCGGGGCGAAGGCGGAGGGCGGGCCGUCGAUGGCGCUGUUCGAGCGGCUGGAUGGGUGGGUGGACGCGUACACGGGGGGGAAGGUGGAUACGAUGUUGAUCGGGUCGGUUGGGGGCGUUGUCGUCGUGUGA